AUGGUCGUUGCCGUCUUGGGGUAUGGCAGCAGUCGUGGCAGUAGCAGUAGCCUGCCGCACGAGAAGCCCCCGUGCGCGCCUCACUCCCCUCACUCUACUCUCGCGCCUCUCGCGCGUCUCGCGCAUGACGCGCAUCACUCCAUUCACGCGCUUCAACGCGUCUCGCGUCGCCUUCUGCAAGAAUCGCCCGCCUCGCCCUCUGGCAAGUCCCUUCCGCCGUGCAUGCUCCCUUUCCUCCCCUCCCCGCGCAUGCGCGCUGCCCCCUCCCCCGUGAAUGUCUAUCCCCCUUCUAUCCCGCCCUCCCAUUUACCUCUUUCUUCCCUCUCGUCCCGCCUCCUUCUCCUCCCCUCCCGCGCCCCUGCGCGCCCCACACUGUCAGGUGGCUGGAGCAGCCGUCUGCAGUCGCACCCUCUUCUCAUAUCGUUCCUCGCCACGCUCCUUUGUGCUGCAAUCAUCUUCGUUAUAGCCAGCAUCGGUUUCUGCAUGUGCUGCCGACAAGGGUCUUGGCUGGUGGUGUGCUGCCAUGCGCUGCCGUGUGCUGCCAUGCGCUGCCGUGUGCUGCCAUGCGCUGCCGUGUGCUGCCAUGCGCUGCCGUGUGCUGCCAUGCGCUGCCGUGUGCUGCCAUGCGCUGCCGUGUGCUGCCAUGCGCUGCCGUGUGCUGCCAUGCGCUGCCGUGUGCUGCCAUGCGCUGCCGUGUGCUGCCAUGCGCUGCCAUGUGCCAUAUCGAGGAGGGCAGAGAGCAGCUUCGACGAGGUGUUUCUAGCAAACUACAUCGCGCGCUCCACCCACCACUACGACCCCCUGCUCAAGCUUGGUUCGGGUCCUUUUGGCGAGUCCUUCCCUUGCUCCGGACCAGAGGGCGAGCCUUGGCUUGUGGUUCGGGCCACCAUACCUGAUGGUUUGGCAGGUGCCACGUGGCUGCCUUGGACUGGCGCAGCUGCCAAGAGAAGAGCGUUCAACGAGGAAAUCGUCCGUUUUUCUGGUCUAUCGCAUCCCCAUCUGCUGCACCUGAUUGGCUGGAGCGACCAGCCUCUGGGGCAGCCGGGCGGCAGCGGGCGGCUGAGGCAAGUGGGGGAGAGCAUGAGGCAAUGGGCGCAGAUUCUGUGGCGGAAGAGAGGCGCGCAGGAGCAGGGAGGAGGUGGGGGGGGAGCGGGGCGCGGCAUUGGUGGGGGGUCUGGGCGAGGUGAGGGGGAAGGUGAGAGUUCUGGGCGAGCAGAGGGUGAGGCGUUACGGCAAGCAGGGACGCAAGGCAGAGCAGAAGGGACUGCAGGUGGAGAGGAGGACGGGGACGAAAGGGGGGAGAAAGGGAAGGCGGGUGACCAAUCUGCUGCUCCUUCUAAUUGUCGAGUGGAGGUAGGAGGAGAGCGGGUGGGGAAGGAAGGGAAGGGCGGAAAGGGUGGGGAGGGUGUUAGGGAAGGAAGGAAGGGGUGGAUGAAGCGAACACAGUGCGCACCAGAACCAGGUGGGGGGAAGGUAGGGAGUGGGGCGUGGGAAGCAGAAGAUGGGGGAGGAGCAGCAGAAGCAGGAACAUCAGCAGUAGCAGGAGGAAGAGCAGAAGAAGCAGCAGGAACAGGAGCAGCAGCAGCGGCGCCAGCAUCAGUGGGAGGGAGAGGAGGCGGUGGGGGGAGGGAGCUGCUGCUGCUGUACGAGUGGUCUGACCAAAAGACACUGUGUGCUCGCUUGCAGGCACAGAGGGAGUUGAUGAUGCAGGGCAGGGACAGUGACGCACAGUCCGCACAACCACUGGCCUUCUCUCAGCGUCUGGACAUCGCCUCAGCCAUUGCAGAGGCGCUGUGCCAUCUGCACACGGUGGCCCAGCCCCCCCUGGUGCACCGCCGCCUCUGCUCCUCCUCGGUCUUCCUUGAAGUGCUGCCCGUGGCCCGGUUGGCGAAUCUCGGUAUUAUCAAGGGCCUACCCAGCUCUCCCUGCUUACUUCAGCAGUGCCACGUGGCAGCUCCUCAUAGGGACCCGGAUUGGUGGGAGCGCAUGUGGCCAACCACCCGCACCGACAUCUAUAGCCUGGGCAUUAUCAUGCUAGAGCUGCUCUCAGGCUGCCCAGCCACCACUACGGAUCAUGCCACUACCAGCACCACCGUCUCCCUCGAUGUGCACCAGAUGUUAGCCAGCAUAGCAACCGACGAUCUUGCUGCGGUCCUUGAUCCUUCAAUAAGCGCCCAGUCCAUGCCGUUCCGUCCCAUCCGCUCCUUCGCCCGCCUCGCCACCCGCUGCGCCGCCCCUGCCGCCCGCUCUCGUCCCGACAUCAGCACAGUGGUAUCAGAGCUGCAGGGGAUCAGCCGGGCGAUGAUUCGACUCAGCAUGGCCCGCACCACCGCCCACAAUUCGUUUGUGUCACGAGCAGACUCCUGCCUGAACUCUCCAGAUGGCUCUGAAGAAGAUUCACCUGAAGAUUCACUUGCAGCUUUACCUGAAGAUUCGCAGUCUGGCUCACCAGAGCCUAUGCAGGGGGGCGCUGAGGUGGGUGGGUCGCAGGAGGAAGUCUUCCUCAGGGCGCACGAGACUUCCUCCUGUUAG